CUUCCAGUGUUAAUUAGGUUUAUCCUUAUUUAUAUGACCAAAAUAGUGAACUUCUACAGACUCUGCAUGGGAGGCUAAUCUUGGAGGAACUUCUGCUAAUCGUGGAGGAACUUCUGCUAAUCAUGGAGGUUCUGCUAAUCGUGGAGGAACUUCUAUUCGAGAGACUAAUGUUCAAACACGAGAUGGCGGUGAAGUUGAUUUAGAUAAUAUGUCAUAUGAGGAAAUGCAUCGAUUCGAAGAAUCCAUGGGUAGUGUAAGCAAAGGUCUGUCAAGGGAAGCAGUCUCUAGAUUGCCUGUUCACAAGUACAGUCCAUCAAGCACAAGAAGCAAUUCAGGAGAUGCAGAGUGUGUGAUAUGCAAAAUGGAAUACGAGAGGGGGGAUCGCUUGGUCACCUUGCCCUGUGCGCACCAAUAUCAUGAGGAUUGCAUUAAGAAAUGGUUGGAAGAUAACAAGAAUUGCUGUGUCUGCAAAGAGGAUGUAGCUGUUAAUUAGUUCAUUUGGCAUUUGACAUGGUACCAUGGCAGAGAUUAGAGCUGCUGGUUCUGAAUUUACUCUUAUCAUAUGUAGUCUUUUCCAUUCUUUUCUUCUUCUUUUUUUCAAUUGAAAUAAGCGAGGCGAUUCCUUUCUAAUAUUACAUUAUCUUUCUAGGACAACGACAAACUCUUCUCAACCAAUAAAUCUUCUAUAGAUA